AUGGCAGGGGUACUCCAGCCCGAUCAGCCGGAAGUGGGCGAAAAGAACGCCCAGGUCACCUUUAACGAGCAGACCAACUAUGUCCCCAAGCGCACAAUCAUCACAAUUUUUCUGGCAUGCUCGAGUGUUGACCUGCUGGCCCUGAUGGACCAGACCACUCUAGCUGCAAGUUUAUCAAUCAUCGGCAAUGCCCUCGGCGCCAGUGACCAGACAUCCUGGAUCUCUGGCGGCUACUUCGUAACAUCUACCUGUUUCCAACUCCUGUAUGGAAAACUAUCCGACAUCUGGUCCCGCAAGCUGGUCCUCUUCGUCGGACUGGCGAUUUUCUUCUUCGGGUCAUUAGCUGCAUCGCUAGCCCAAACAGCUACGCAAUUAAUUGUCUUCCGCGCCUUCACGGGUGUCGGCGGCGGUGGUCUAAUGACAGUCGCACAGAUGAUCGUCAGCGACGUCGUCCCUCUGCGUGAAAGGGGCAAGUAUCAGGGAAUUCUCGGCGCGGUCGUAGCCAUCGCCAAUGGAAUUGGCCCCGUAAUCGGUGGUGCGCUUGCGUCCAUCUCCGAAGACUCGUGGAGAUGGAUCUUUCGUCUGAAUUUGCCUUUGACGGCAUUGACGACGUUGGCGGUAUUUUUCUUCAUGCCACUUCGGAAGGUUACGGGGGAUUGGAAAGUGAAGCUGAAAGCUAUUGAUUUCUUCGGCGCGUUGUUGGCCCUGGGCGGAACUUCUGUUCUGCUUCUGGGAUUGACGUGGGGUGGUGGUGAGUAUUCGUGGGAUUCGGCCCAUGUCAUUGCGACGCUGGUGGUUGGAGUCGCUAUAUCGGUUGCUUUUAUGGGCUGGCAGUGGAAGGGGGCGUCGACGCCGCUGGUUCCUUUGCAUAUCUUCAAGGGGAGAAUCGUCAAUGGUGCUUGUCUGACUAUGUUCAUCAAUGGAUGGAACUUCUUGGUUCAAGUCUACUAUAUUCCCACCUUCUAUCAGCUGGUUUUCGGAUAUUCCACUGUGAAAGCCGCCGCGAUGCUGCUACCCAUUACUUUGAUGCAAACCGUGAGUAGUACGGGCUCUGGCCUUGUGGUCCACUGGGUUGGUCGCUACAGAGAAUGUAUCCUAUUUGGCUGGAUCAUCUGGGCUGUUGGACUUGGUCUCUUCUCGACCCUUGACAAGCACUCUGGAUUGGGGAAGCAAAUUGGCUAUGGCAUUUUGACUGGUGUCGGAGUUGGAAACACUUUGCAACCCUCGCUUAUUGCCGUGCAAGCUGGCGUGGAAAGACGCGACAUGGCUGUAGUGACUUCGUUCCGAAACUUCGUGCGGAAUCUCGGCGGAACUCUUGGAUUGGCUGUUGCCGGGACUAUAAUCAACAAUAUCGUCUCAUCCUCCAUCUCGGUCCUCAAUCUCGACGAGACUGCGUCGCGCUCUCUUCUGUCGAGUCCACAGAACUAUCUCUCGAAAUUAUCGGCAGAGGACGCAGAACACGUUCGUGACGUCCUGACACCGGCUUACCAGAGAGGCUUCCGUAUUAUCUUCAUCAUAGGUGCUUCUCUUGCUGCACUUGCCUUCUUCCUGGCUAUUUGGCUUAUGCCUCAAGUUGGAUUGAAUCGUGCGGACGAUCAGGCUCUGAAGGAAGAGGGAAAGAAAAGAAUAAAAGGGGACUUGGAGGAGAAGAAGGAAGAAAAAAGAGAGGAGAAUGCUUAG